AUGGCGCCGGGCAGCGGGGGCGGGGGCCUGGGCCCGGGCCCGGCGGGAGGACGAGCCCGAGGGCGCCUCCUCCUGGCGGCGCUGGGGCUGCUGCUGUGGGUCCGGGGUACCUGGGGCCAAGACCAGUCCAAAAUCUUUGGCAUGAGGCUGGAUACCUGCAACAGUACGUGCGGGAUCAACUCAGAUGGCAUCCUGUACGUCACCGAGGGCAGCAUGGUGAGACUGAGACUGUAUGGCAUCAACUUAGACGACUACUCCCUUGGCCACAUCACCUUCACUGAGCUGGAGACCGUGCAGGAUAUCUACGAAACCAACGUCUGCAUCGGGAUCUCCAGGGACCUGUUGAUCCACAAAAUUAUCAACGUGAGCACAGACAACUCGAUCAUGUUGCUGCUCAUGGAAAGCAAGUACCUAAGGAGGAGUGAGAACUCGAGGCUUUACGGCCUGUGCACCUGGGCUGCGGGGCAGUGGCUAAGGUGGCCCGGGACGGACACCUUGCUCUUCCUCAUGGAGGGUGAGAAAAGGAUAAUGCCCCUCUGGCUGAACAUUUUGCUUCUACUGGUGCUGCUGGUGCUCUCUGGAAUCUUCUCAGGCCUCAAUCUAGGUCUCAUGGCCUUGGAUCCCAUGGAGCUAAGGAUUGUACAGAAUUGUGGCAAGGAGAAAGAGAAAAGGUAUGCCCGAAAGAUUGAGCCCAUUCGAAGUAAGGGUAACUACCUUCUCUGUUCCCUGCUCCUGGGCAAUGUGCUGGUCAACACCUCCCUCACAAUCCUUCUGGAUAACCUCCUCGGAUCGGGAGUGGUGGCGGUGGCCUCCUCCACUAUUGGCAUUGUCAUUUUUGGGGAGAUUGUACCCCAGGCGUUCUGCUCCCGCCAUGGCCUGGCCGUAGGGGCCAACACGCUCAAUGUCACUAAGUUGUUCAUGAUAAUCACUUUCCCCUUAAGCUAUCCCAUCAGCAAGGUUUUGGAUUAUGUUCUUGGUCAGGAGAUUGGUACGAUCUACAACAGGGAAAAGCUGAUGGAGAUGCUAAAGGUGACCGAGCCGUACAACGAUCUGGUGAAAGAGGAGCUCAAUAUGAUUCAGGGUGCCCUGGAACUAAGGACCAAAACGGUGGAGGAUGUCAUGACCCAGCUCCACGACUGUUUCAUGAUCAGAAAUGAUGCUAUCCUGGACUUUAACACUAUGUCAGAGAUUAUGGAAAGUGGGUACACACGCAUCCCCGUGUAUGAGGAGGAGCAGUCCAAUAUUGUAGAUAUCCUCUAUGUCAAGGAUCUGGCCUUUGUGGACCCGGAUGACUGCACUCCUCUGAAAACCAUCACUCGUUUCUACAACCAUCCAGUUCAUUUUGUCUUCCACGACACCAAACUGGACGCCAUGCUAGAGGAGUUCAAGAAGGGGAAGUCACAUCUGGCCAUCGUGCAGAAGGUGAACAAUGAGGGUGAGGGUGACCCAUUUUAUGAAGUCUUGGGAUUGGUGACUCUGGAAGAUGUCAUUGAAGAGAUCAUUAAAUCGGAGAUCCUGGAUGAGUCCGAUAUGUACACUGACAACCGGAGCCGAAAACGAGUAACCAAUCAAAAGAACAAGCGAGAUUUCUCAGCUUUCAAGGACAAUGAGUUGACAGUGAAAAUCUCACCUCAGCUGCUUCUGGCUGCUCAUCGAUUCCUGGCAACGGAGUUGCCCCUAUUCAAUUCCUCAAUCAUGUCUGAGAAGAUCCUCCUUCGUUUGCUAAAGUACCCAGAUGUCAUUCAAGAGCUAAAGUUUGAUGAACGCCAUAAAUUUGCUGCCCGUCAUUACCUUUAUGUUCGAAACAAAGCUGCUGACUAUUUCAUCCUCAUAUUACAGGGAAAGGUGGAAGUGGAAGCUGGGAAGGAGAACAUGAAGUUUGAGACAGGUGCAUUCUCCUACUACGGGGUCAUGGCGCUUACCACGCCUCUUAGCAUGGGUGGAGAAAUCAUCAAGGGAAACUUCUAUUCUGGACCUGAUUCAGACCUACAAGAAAGAACUGGUUGCUUGGGUGGAAAUGAUGGGAACCUCAGGGACCGUUCCGCGUCCUACCCAAAUAGCCUCAGCCGUUCACCUUCUGUCAACUAUCAAGAGCGCACAGAUAAUUUGAUUACCAGUGUGUCCCCCGCUGCCACCAGCAACUCAGGAACCCAGUAUGUCUCAGACUUCAGUGUCCGGGCUCUUACAGAUCUGCAGUAUGUUAAGAUCACACGGCAGCAGUACCAGAAUGGAUUGAUGGCCUCAAGAAUGGAGAGCAGCCCCCAGACUCCUAUAGACAACCUCACUUCUGAAGGCAUAUUGUUAGAGAAGGUGGAGCUACAGAUGACUGAUGAGACUACAAGCCUUCUCCAUGAGCAAAAUUCUCUCCAGAACAAAACCUUUCAAAACUCCCAUGAGAGCCCCAUGUGACAGGGGGGCCCGGGGCCCCCUAUCAAUCCCUUGGGGGCCUCCCUAGUGGGCCCACAUCCACAGAGGGAGCAGAGCAGACAGGGGACCAUGGCCCCAGCCACCCCUUUGAUAACCUGUCUGGCUCUCCAAACAGAUGUUCCCCAGCUUGUUUUAGGCAGGGAGGAGGCUUUGCCUUUCCACAGGGAGCCUUAGCAGAAUUUCCAGGGAAUAGCAGUUUCCUGGAAUUUCUGUAGGAUUGCCUGGGUAGUACUGCCCAGGGGCAGAUCCCUGGAACAAUUAGGAAGGGGCAAGGAUUUUGUUUUUUAAACUGAGAGGAUUUCUAAAGAAAGCUCAUUGCUGCUCUUUCUAAAUUUCACUUUGGGGAGAGGGUGGGAUAGGCUUGGGUUAAUAAUGGGGUUAGGAGUUUUUAUUAAAUUUUUUUAAAGAAAAAGUUGGGGUACUGCCUCACCUGAGGUAUCUCCCCCAGGAAGCAAUAGCCAUAAUCCCCUUCCCUUUAGCUUGAGCUUCUAGCUUAUUUUCCCUGACUCAGGGACCCCCACCUGCCUCCUGCCCAGGCCUUCUUGAUGAAUCACAUCCUAGAGGGCUUGCUAGAGAAAGGAGAUAAUACCCUAUAUAUCAGGCAAGAAACUUAAUAUCUUUAGAUAGAAUUACCUAGGCAUGUGACUGAGGGAUUACUCCUGAGAACUGGGGAAGAUGAGUGCUUCUGAAUGGUCAACAUUUGGCAUCUGAUUGCAUUUUUGAUCAAGGAUGCAUUAAAUGAAGCUAUGGAGGGGAGCUUCUAUAAAGUCAGGGUCCAGAAUCUUCCUGAAUCCAGAACUCCUUGAGUUGUGCAGAAUGGCUCCAUGGUAUAUUUAGUAAACUGGGUCAUAACUUUCAUGCCUUUUGAUUAUAUAGCUCCCCUGCAACUACCCUUUACUCUGACCCCGUUACGAUGAGAACUGAAAAGUAUUAGGGUCCAGAGUCAUUAAUAUCCGCCCCUUUCCUUUCUUGAACCAAAGUCAUGGCCCUAAUGGGAAGAACAGAGAUUGUUCAGGGGUAUUUGUGUUGCUGACAACAAGUUCUUUAGAAGCCAAGUCAAAGACAGACUCCUGACCUGGGAGAAGCCAUCUAAAAUUUCAAUAUUCCCUAUUUUCAAUCCAGUUUUAUCCUUCUACCAGGGCAAACCCCCCCAGCCUUCCCUCUAAGGAUUGGAGAUGAGAACUGUGAGAUGGAUGAGCUCCCCUUUUUGGUUACACUGCAACAGAAGGCUGAAUGCUCUUCCUUGCUCAACAGCUUCUGCAUUUCUUUCAGGGAGGGAAUUAAUUGUACCAUCUACAAAGCCCUGUCUGGAUAUUCCUGCUCUAAGACAAUCAUCCUGAAUUCUAUGGAUGUUAUUAAUGGUACUGUAACCCUGAAGUUCAAGUCUUUCCCCAAAACUCUCUGCAGGUCUCUUUUUUUUGGCCCUGUCCUAGAACUCUAGAUUUUCUUAUUGAGGAUGCCUUGGGACCAAGUUGCUCAUUACCUAUUGUUCAAGAGGAACAAAGAACCAGGGCCCAACAACCAUAUGAAAAAUAGAAACGGUUUCUUUGAGGUGUUAUUUUUUUUCCCAACCAACAGAGUCCUACCCUCAGGUACUCUGAUCUCCAGAUGCCUAAAGAAUCCCAUCUCUUGGGACCAAGAAAUAUCUUGUGUCAACGGAUGCCUGCCCCUUUUUGGGUCAUCUGAAAACAAAGGGGGCAUGGUUUUCCCCAGUUUUGCAUCAUUCAUUGUCCUACUAGAGUAAAUUACCUCCAUAGAUUGGCAGUCACCAGACCUUUUGUGGGAAAAUACUACCUUAAUUCUCCAGGAGCAACUGUGACCAUCCUCAAUCAGGAAGUGAUAAGACUUGAGUUCUUGUGAGACCUGUUAAAAAUGCAAGGGAAUCCUAUGGUAUAGCCAGGGUAAGCAAAAUUCAUUGGUCUGAACCAAAUGGAUGUGUGUUGAAUAGAACGAGGCAGAUCACACAUACUUCCACACCUACCUCUUUUUAAACAUAUGGUUACUGCCAACAGAUGCUCCUUACUCCCAACUUCUGGACAAUAUAUUCCUGCUGAUGGUCAGGCAGCAUUCCCAAAUGUUUCUGGUCCAAAAACUUCCUCCUUCUACUGGAGGAAGGAGGAACUUUCCAACUUCCCACAACCUGACCUUGCCUUUUCUUCUAUGCGCUUUAUUCCUGGGCCUGAAUUACAUACUGGAAUUGUCCUUUUUUUUUUUUGCUUCUUCCCACAAACUGAAAGCGACCUUCAUAGACAGCAUCCAAAUGCAAUAGACAGGUCAUAUCCAACUUUGCAAAUAACUCCUAUUUAUUUUGUGCGAGAUUUUAAUUUGUAUAUUUUUGUGAUUUUUUUUUUUUUUUUUUUGCCAUUGUUAUAACUUUGACUCUCGGGAAGUUUUGCUGUUUCAUUUUGAGUCUGUGUCUUUUGUCACAAAGCUGGUGAUAUUUGCUAAACAAGAUAUGGAAUUUAUUUUUGAUUGGGAAUAAAAAUGAAACAUCUGUAUAAAUCUCA